AUGUCUCUCGAAAGCCAAGAUUCGCAGUCGGACUGGAAUUGCAACCUUCAAGGCCACGCACGCACGUCGAACUACUCUUUUAGGCGUCCUAGCGCUCAGCACACGACAUCUGAUGCGAGGCCUGUCAUUGGUCCUAACAUGAACGCUGUGGAUCAAGUUCCGCAAUACCCUUCGCCAUACUUUGGCACCGACGCUCUUGUUUACCCUCAUGGACCGACUAACCAACAACAGUUCAACGAAGUACUGAGUUUUCACCCUCAGAAUCAUGUAAAUGACAAUGGUGAAGCUACCGGUCACUGUUACGGGCAUCGAGGAGUGCAGCAACAAUACAGCAAUGCUGACGGUUACACUUGGGCUCACAGUGGCGCACAGUGCACCUAUGUCCCAUCCCCGCAAGACGAUUACGUGUGUUCUGAGCCUUCUGCGACCUCACCAGCAAUGAGAGCAGUAGCCACCCCAGCCGUCAUAGUCGCUGCUGAAAGACGACGUGUCAAUCCACACAGAUUCUUCUGCCAAUACUGUGAAAGAGGAUUUACGGCGAUGCACAAUUACAGACGUCACAUUGGAGCUCACAAUGAUGAACGCCCGUUCGAGUGUCACUGCGGCUCAGCCUUCACGACUAAAUCAGACUUGAAACGCCACCAGCACAGGUCCAAGAAACAUUCCGAUGUCAAUGACCCGCAAUUGGCCGCCAUUAGAGAAUAG